AUGGCCUCGCUCGCGCACCUCCCUGCAGCCCAGCGCGUGUCCCUGGAGCCCUACUUCUACUACAUGGGCAACCGGCGCGGCAUGGGCGCGUACGGGGUGGAGUUCCGCGAGCCCGCGCACGGGCUGCAGGGGGAGGGCGACCUGGCGGGCGUGGGGGUGUACGCCGCAAGGGACAUCGACAGCCGCGGGGGCGCGCGCGUGGUGAUGGAGGUGCCGCUGCCGCUCAUGCUGAGCGUGUCGAGGGACCCCCCCUGGAUGUUCCACCCGGACAUCGUCCCCAUGGGGCACCCUGUCUUCGACGUGAUAUCUGCUGCUGAGGGGGAGGCCAACUGGGACCUCCGACUGGCCUGUCUGCUGCUCCUAGCGCUGAACUCCUCACCGGCCUCGCGUGGGCGGGAGGACGCGUACGGGUCCAAGCGGCCGCACUUCCUCACGGAAUAUGCUGACUUCCUGCCCUCGCCGCUGGACUGCCCCUCGCUGCUACUCUCCUCACAGGAGGAGCUGGCAGCGCUGCAGGACGAGGGGCUGGCAGAGGAGGCACGGCAGCAGCAACAGCGAGUGAAGGCAUUCUGGCGAUCACACUGGGGGUCGGAUUCAUCACCGCAUCAGCUGCAGCGGCUGGCACCCAGCGAGGCGGACAUGCUGUGGGCUGUGGGCAUAGUGCAGAGCCGAGGGGGGGUGAGGCACACUCCCAUGGGCACCGUCAAGACCGACACGCACAUGCUGCUGCCCUACGCUGACAUGCUGAACCAUUCGUUCAGCCCGCUGUGCUCGCUGCACUGGCGCAAGAGCGACCGCGUCAUGGAAGUGCGCGUGGAUGCCGGCCACAUCGUGCGUGCUGGCACUGAGCUGACCAUAUCAUACGUGCCCAAGGCAGACAACCGCGCUCUCAUGCGCUCCUUUGGCUUCUCCAUCACUCACAACCCUUGGGAGCAAGUAACUCUCGCCCAUGCUACACCUGCUGCACCACCAUCUCUCACCUCCUCCUCUCCCUCCACCUCCACCGCCCCCUUCACCCCUCCGUCACACCACAUUCACCGGGACAGCUUCCUCUCGGCUUUUGACCUCAUAGCCACCGAUGAUGACUAUGACUAUAACCCCGGCGACUCUCCUCCGGACCCCUUUGUGGACGGGGCGCUCGUGGCGGCGCUACGCUGCCUGCCCACGUGGACCAAUGGCGACGUGCCAGCUGUCCCCUCGGAGGAGCUGCAAGCCGUGCGCUGGCUGCAGCAGCGAUGCUGGGAGCAGCUGGGGGCGUUCCCCACAACGCUGCAGCAGGAUGAAGCAGUGCUGGAGUCGGAGGGAACAGAGGACAAGUCAGCACGCUGGUGGGCUGCUAUCAA